CACUCUCUCUCUUUCUGUCUGUCUUUCUUUCUAUCUCUCAGUCAGUAAUAAUGGAGCCCAGCAGUCCGAAGAAGAUCCAGUUUGCUGUACCUCCGCUGCAGGGACAACUGGACCCACAGGCUGCCGAACAUAUCCGUCGCAGAAGACCGACUCCUGCCACUCUGCAGAUCUACAGACAACCUGGCACAGAUGUUGGAGAUCAACACAAUGCCAGCGGAGAGUCACAGGCUUCAGAUUCAGCUCAGAGAAAGCAGAGCACCUACGCCCCGCCCACCAUGAAAGGUAAGCUGAAAAGUUCUGUCCCGGAGGAGAACGAGGAGGAAGACAACCCUCUGGACGGCUGAUCCAGGAGAGACAAAGAUCUCAGCACACCAAGAGACGGCCGAUUUAUAUCUCUGAUACUCUCGACAAACCAAACGGACAGAAUGCUGUCCAUCUCAAGUGUAGCACCGGCAAGACAGGACAUUGAUCUGUGGGAUAGUUUAUUGAGAGACAGAAGCAAAUGAUUAAUUAGAGUAGGCAAAGAUAAGUAAUGAAUGGACCUGGAAACAGCUCACUUAGCACAUUCAGCAAAACUGUUACUGACUAUUAUUAACUAACCCCAAAACAAAAUUAGUAAUUACCUUUGUUGGUCCUGAUUUAGUCUAGAAAUACAGUAGAAGUAGGAUUUCCCCUAAAAACUCACCACCAUCACAACAGUUUACCUCAAAACAGCCGUUAACACUUUCUGCAGGAAACACAUUAAUGUCAUGUAAACCAACAACUUGAACUAAUUAAGUCUCAGAAAAUAGUCAUUUUUUGACCAUUAUACAGUGUCAGUUUACUUAAAACCAAAUCAAACAAACACAAUAAAAAUCUUGAUAGCAACAACAAAAUAAUCAUGUUAACUGCUAGCAUUUGUACUAUAACUUUACAAUAACUAGCAACUUUUUUGGGUUGUUUUCUGCCAUAUAAUUUCAAAUUUUCUCAGUAUGAUUAGGAAGGUGGUUGGCCAAUAACUAAUACUUGUAAAAAAUAUAUGCCGUAGCUUAUGAAACAACCAUGCAAUAAAUACUACAUUUAGCUUUUAGCUCAUUAAUGUCAUAAUACAUUUUCACAGUAGACGUUGACAAUAUAAUAAAGGGUUGGUUAACUCCUAAAGCAAAAAUAACCUAUUUUAUCUCUUAUCUGUAAUGCUAUUCAACACUCUAGAUUCUUUGGUGUGUGUUGCUGAGUGUUG